GCCAUUUUAAACAGUGGCUCCUUUGUCGCGACUUGUGACGCUUGUAUUUCGACUCCCGGUGCUCGCAGCCUCUCAGUGCUGACUACUCUGACUACUGUUUGCUAUUUUUUCUACUGAUAUUUCAUGCUGCUGUUUGGAAUCAUUGACUUGUCAAGAGAAAUCGGCACUUGCAAGAGAUAUAAUAAGGGUCCUAGAUCCACCCUGUUUGGAACGUACAAUAAUCUGACGCUGCGUAAUACAUUUUUCAAUCUGUGUAAAGCUUGUCAAGUGGAGAUAAUGUCUUCGAUUCCUCCAUCUGCAUUCUCUGCCGGGAGAAUUCGGGACACCCAGCGUAACAAGGGCGAUUUGAAACUAAAGACAAACGUCACCAAAAGCAACGAGAAAUUCUUCAAUACCACGUUUAAAGAGCUUUCACCGUUGAAGUACAACAGCAAGUUGAUGAAUAGCAUCUGGGGUUUCUACAAUAGAUAUUCGCCACACAAUGUGAAGAAAAUUAAUGAUGCCCAUACUUUCAAUGGGGAACUGUAGCCAUCGGCUGUCAGUUCCGGUUCUAAAAGUGAACUGAUCACUUUACCUUCAACCACAUUAGACAAAAUAUGGGCAACAAUCAAUGUAUCUCAGUCUCAUUAAAAUUAACUGAAUAAUGGUUAUUUAUAAAACAAAUAGUAAACUACUGUUAAAUCAAAGUGUUAUUGGUCUUUAUUUUUAAUUAAGGAAUAGAAAUAACCUAUAUAGAAAUAAGAGAAAUAAAUUAUAUUGUGGUUUGGUGAACCAAUUUAAUUAUCUGUAUUAUGAGAUUUCAGAAUAGAAUAGAAUAGAAAAUCAUUUAUUCAAAUAAACUUACAAUGAAGCACUUUUGAAUAGUCAUUACAU